CAACGUUCAUCUAAGAUUGACCGUAUUGCCCUUGCUUUUCAUUCCAAUUUAGAGAUCCACUAUUGGGCCAGAUCUGAAUAGUACCAAUGGAUGACCUGGAUGUGUUAGCUCGGGACUUCGGUUUUCGACCUGCUGGAAAAUCCGCACCUAUGAGAUCCGACGGUGGAGAUCGCCGAUCAACAUCUUUUGAUGAUCCUGAUAGUAUGUUAUUCAACGACGUAUUUGGUGGCCCACCUAAGUACACCAGUACUAGUAGUGCCAAUAAGUCUGCUUCCAUGAAUGAUUUCAAUUACGAUUCUAUUUUCGAAGAUUCCAAGAGCAAUAAUGAUGACAAUAUCAAGACGUCGUCAUUGCCUGUGUAUGACAAGCCAGUAUACGACGAGGAUAUAUUCGAUGGAUUACCUGGAGUAAAGAGCAAAUCAGUAUCUUCAUCAUCCACACUGAGAUUUGAAGACGACGUUUUUGCUUCAAUGACUUCCCCGCCUCAGGAUAAUAAGAGCCAUUUUGACCAUCUGUUGGGGAAUUUGGGCGGGACUGAGAAGGUGGCUGAACCAAAGAGCAGUGGUUUCGAUGAUUUAUUAGCUGGCUUUGCUAGUGCCAGUCCUGCCACCACUAGCAGGUCAUUCAGAGAGUCAACUCAACCCUCCAAACCAGCUGGAGAUUUAAAUAAAAACUCUAGUGUGCUGGAUGACCCUUUUGUAGUGUUAGAGUCGACCUCGGUGCCAGCAAAUUCUUCUCCCGGGGAGUUUUCAGAUCCACUGGAAGAGAUUGGUAAGCUUGGUAAAUCUGGAACUGUGAAAACUGCUGCUUCAUCAGUUAGUGGAGGGGUGUUUAAUGAUCUAGAUCCACUUAGUGGUUUUAAUAAGCCUGCUCGUCCGCUUUCUCCUGAGAAGAAGACUGGAGGGAAGGACAGGAGCCCGUCAAAGACAGGACCAGGAAGGAGUGAUGCACAUAACUCUACCUCAAGAGAAAAUAUUGGGACAGCGUCAUUUAGAUAUUCUGAAAGCCACUCACAGGAAAAAGUGCCUGGGGAUAGUUUUCAGGAGUCUCCUCAUUUUGACAUGCCUUCAGAAGAUCCUCUGGGAUCUUUUGGUGAAGUUCCUCCUCCUCCAUAUGCAGAUAACGAUCUUCACGAAACAAACUUCCAAGUGGAUACAUCCCCAAGAUCAGAGGAACAAGUGCAGGCUUCUGAUGAUAUAUGGCUUACUGUAUCAGAGAUUCCACUUUUUACACAGCCUACAAGUGCUCCACCUCCAUCACGACCACCGCCUCCGAUACCACGGCGCAGUUCAAAGUCAGAGGCAAGUUUCUACGCUUCAAAUGCAAGAAGAAAGGGUGAGGGGUACUCCUCUUCCCCUAGUCACAACCAAUACUCUCAGAGUCCUAAGCCUGUUCGUCCGGCAGUUAAAAGCCCCCCAGUUUCACAGUUGGAUGAACUUGAGGAUUUUGCCAGGGGUUGGUCUAAGAGUAGUACUGAUGAAAGUGCCGAUGCUCUUUCUGGAGAAGAGAUGAAUACAAACUCUGCAGCUGCUGCAUCAGCAGCUGCAAUGAAGGAGGCUAUGGAUAGAGCUGAGGCCAAAUUUAGACAUGCUAAGGAAGUCCGAGAAAGAGAAUAUGCAAAGACUGCUAAGAGUAAGGAAGCUGUACAUCUGGAAAGGGAUGAACAAGCGAUAAAUGAAGAGCAUGAAAGAGAGUUUCGAGAAAACCAGGAGAGACUAGAAAAUGAGAGGCGACAGCGUGAGAAGGAAGAGGAAGAAAGAGCACAAAGGAAGCUUGAGAGAGAAAGGGAGAGAGCCAGGGAGCUUGAAAAAGGAAGGGCUAGGCAAGCGGUAGAAAGGGCUACUAGGGAAGCACGUGAAAGAGCAGCAGCUGGAGCACGUGACAGAGCUGCUGCUGAAACUCGUUUAAAAGCAGAAAGAGCUGCUGUGGAGAAGGCUGCUGCUGAAGCUAGAGGACGGGCUGAAAAGGCUGCAGUUCAGAGAGCACAAGCAGAAGCUAAAGAAAGAGCUGAAAAGGCAGCUGCAGAGGCAAGGGAAAAAGAAGCGCGUGAAAAAGCUUCUGCUGAGGCACGAAGGCGAGCAGAACGAGCAGCUGUAGAAAGGGCUGCUGCAGAGGCUCGAGAAAGGGCAGCUGCUGCUACAAGGGUGAACCAACAAAGGAACGAUAAUGAUCUUGAAUCCUUUUUUAGUAUGGGUAGAGCCAGUAGCGCACCAAAGACGAGAACAAGUACUCCUGACAACAUAUUUGAUUCGCAGUUCCAGAAUAAGGCAGGAUCUGAAGGGCCAAAAUCAACAGCUGGUGUAGCCUCCUCCAACAUGAGGAAAGCAUCUUCCACUACUAGUUUCGUGGAUGGUCUUUCGUCUAUUUUUGGAGCUUCUGCAUCAUCCGGAGACUUCCAAGAUGUUGAAGGGGAAACUGAAGAAAGAAGAAGAGCAAGACUAGAACGCCAUCAACGUACUCAGGAGCGUGCGGCUAAAGCUUUAGCUGAGAAGAAUCAGCGUGACCUUCAAGUGCAGAGGGAGCAGGAAGAAAGACAUAGAAUUUCUGAAACAUUAGAUUUUGAGAUCAGGCGAUGGGCUGCUGGAAAAGAGGGAAAUCUGCGUGCACUUCUAUCGACUUUGCAAUAUGUGCUUUGGCCUGAAUGUGGUUGGCAGCCUGUGUCUUUGACAGAUUUGAUUACAGGCGCCUCUGUCAAAAAAGUAUAUAGAAAAGCAACCCUUUGUAUUCAUCCUGAUAAGGUGCAGCAAAAAGGUGCCAACCUUCAACAAAAAUAUAUCGCCGAGAAGGUUUUUGACCUACUUAAGGAAGCGUGGAACAAAUUUAAUUCUGAGGAACUCUUCUAGAAUGCUGCAUUUGGUUAGCUUUAGCUCCCUUGUGGGCUUUUUCAGAGGUGGGUAAAUAUUCCUAAAGCAAUCUCGUCUUUGCUAUGCCUCUGAUAUUCGGCAUUCCCCAGCAUGAGGUGUUUGGUUGAUAUCUAAAGAUGGUCUUUCUAGCAGUGAUGAUGAAGAAAAUUUACACGGUGUUGCUGUAAAUUGAUGUCAAUGCCAGAGACUUGUGGGUAACUGGUUGGUGUAGAGUAGCAUUAUUUCCAAUCAUGUUGUGAUUGUAUAUUGCAUUUGGUCACGCUCUGCAUGUGAUCAUUUGUCUUCUAUAUUCUUUUUUGGUUUCUUUCCUGUUAUGCUGCAUUUGUUUGUGCUAGAAGAGAUGUCAGUGUUGUUAGCUAUAAUAUGCAACAUGGAAGGAGUGUCAUACAAGAUGUAAAAUCAUAUGUAAUUUACCAUUCAUUUAUGUGAAAAUUUUGUUCUACGUGAGAACAAAAUCUCUCUUCAUUUAUGGAUUUUAUAACAGAUCCUUUGAUGUCA